CAAGUUGUAGCAGGUGGGAAUGGUGGUCGUCACUAAUUCCUCUGACAUCGUGUGCAAGCAAGUUGAUGAAUGAUUUACUUCAGUCUCCACAUCCGGAGUCGCUAAACUUUACCAUCUGCGGUCUACUCGAAUCUCAAAAGUCGAAAGCUUUCUGUGGUUUGUUGGGUUUUAGGGAGAAACAAUGGAGGGUAGAGCUGGUCCGGGUGGCAGUGAAGAGGAACAAAAGGGGGGUCUUGAGGGAACAGGCUUGAAUCUGCCAGCCAACCUACAUGGAAACCUGAAAAGCGCUUCAAGCGAUGAAAAUCUGAAAGAGAUUCUGCAAAAUAUCAAGUCUUCCAAAACUCCUGCAGUUAUCAACUAUGGUGCAUCUUGGUGUUAUAUCUGUAGCCAGAUCCUCCCCACAUUUUGCAAGUUGAGCAAUGAUUUUCCCAAGCUUUCAUUUGUAUAUGCAGAUAUUGAUGAAUGCCUAGAAACAACUCAGCACAUUCGCUACACCCCUACCUUCCAUUUCUUCCGAGAUGGUGAAAGGGUUGAUGAGAUGUAUGGUGCAGGAGAGGAGAGGCUGCACGACAGACUCUGGUUGCACUCCUAAGAAGCUCAUGCCUGCACCAUUUACCAUCUACAGGUAGCUCAAGAUACCGUUUAGCUGGAAAAAAAAAAAACAUUCCAGUGCAUGUACUAAUGAAUGUUAUGCUACUUGUGAUUGACUAGUUUUAAGAAAUGGUUGACAAAUUGAUUAUUAGAA